AAUGAGAGUAAAGGGGCCGGACAAUCAGUGGGCUAUUUGACGGUUUCGACAACAGCCACUGGUUUCUCUCUUCGAUUCAGGUGUUCAUAUUCUCGCACUGAUGUGGAGGAGGAAGCUUUAAAAGUAAAGACUCACGUUUUCCACCUCCACUGGGUUUGGGACCUCAGCUUCGGUCUUCAGUUACAAUCCGAACCUUGCGCCAACAAGUAUUCAUCUGGCAAUAUUCUUUUUUCUCUGUUUUUUUCGCUCUCCUUUAAAAAAGAGAUAUUGUCUCAUGACACUUUGUGCACAGCUCUCAAUGAUAGUGAAAUUGAUAGUAUCGAAUAUUUUAGAUAACGUGAGACUCUCGAUUAAUAGUUAGAAAAAAAGUGUCACCGCGAACACGUGUGUUUCUUUUCAAAAUUUUUUUUUUUUAGUAAUUCUUUUUAAUUUUUGUGAAUUACUUCGUUAAAAGUUUCCAUCAUUGGACAAAUGCGACACGCAGCAUCUGAAAUCAAGGUAGAAACAAUGAAGGAGACACUCGCUAAACAGGAUAUAAAACUGGAGUGGGAGGAUCGUCGUUUAUCCGGAAAUAGUUCUUCGCCGCCAAUAACGAGAAUGAACGAAGAUCAAACAACCGGAAGUCCACAGAGUGUCAUCACAACUCGACGUUAUACACGAACAAUAACAGCGACAGGUCACAUCACUGAGACACUGGCCCCAAAUCAUGGACCCGAUUCACCGGAAUCAAAUUCCAACAAUAAUGUUGUACAACAAGUACAACAUCAACAAAUUCACGUCAAAGAUGAAAAUUCAGAUCGUCAACGAUACCAUCAUCAAGAGGAAAUACAACAACAUCGUCCCGAACAUGUUCCGAUUUCGCCCCAUGGAAGUCCCAAUCAUCAACAACAAGUCGCAGAUCAACAUCAGCAACCUCCUGUUAUCUUUACAAUCAGUAAUGGUCCCGAGUUACAAGUCGAACCUGCCGAGAACACCGAGACACGAAAAGAACCACCCAGAUACGAAACGACAAUUCCGGAGAGAAAUGAAAGUGAACGGAUAUAUUUAUUCCCGAAAGAAUCGGAAGUGCGACGUGAAAGUGGUCAUGUGAUUGCCCUACAAGUACAGGAGCAUCGCAAUAGACAUCAUCAUCAACAGCACGCACAUCAUCGAAUCAGUCCUGCGCAUCAUAAUAGCGAGAGUGGACGUUAUCAAAAUUCACCCAUCAAUCCACCAAAUGAUGAUUAUGAAUCGUCAGUAAUGGUGACACAAUCGGGACCUGGGGGACAUUUAACAGCAUCCGUUACGUACUCACCGCCAAUUGAACUACGAACUAGUCAGCAUCAGCAAUUAAUUGGUACCUAUAGCGAAACUGGUGCUAAUGGUACCGUUAAGUACAAUGGCGAAACGACUGUUCCAGCUGAUAGUAUCAAAGUUUCGAGUACUUAUACAACACUAGAAACUGCCGCCAUUCCAGCAUCGCAAUCCGUUGCCUACAAUCAGUACCUCGUCACUGCCGAUGCGUUUCAACAACCUUCGAGUUAUGGGUACACGAAACCUGCUGAGUUGUACUUUUUGCCCACCGCUAAUCCGCCUGGUGUUCGAGUUUCUGAGGUGGAGCCUCCAGCCUACAUAAAAAGUGACCCGACACUAACCUCAUCCUCACUACUGGGCACAAGAACAGUUUCCCUUCAGUACCAACAACCGGGUUCUCCAAAUUCCCAAAUGGACCUCUACAGUACAGGCGCUACUGUCACGUAUCAAUAUCCAAAAUCAGUGAACGAACACUAUUGGACGUCGGAUGGACAUUCGUCACCGCCUGGUAUGGAAUGUGGACAGGGUUAUCCCGGUGUGACAAUAUCGCCAAGUGAUGCUGCAUCAGUGACGACAGGAGCUUAUUCCGGUGGUUCGUACAUUACAUCGGGACUCAAUGGUCCCACAUCACCAUGGGGUCUACCACUUCCAAGUCCAAUUGAUCCAUCAUUCGACGAAUCGAACAUGGGCACUGAACUCAAGGAGUGCGUCAAUUGUGGCGUCAUGGGUACACCAUUGUGGCGACGAGAUGGCACCGGAAAUUAUCUCUGCAAUGCCUGUGGACUCUACAAUAAAACUAAUGGUGUCAAUAGGCCGCCAAUUCGAUGCGCAAAACCCAAACAGAACGUCGCACCGGGUGGUGGAAGAAGGCCGGGCGUGAGGUGUGCAAAUUGUGGAACAAACAAUACAACACUUUGGCGACGAAAUAAUAAUGGAGAACCAGUUUGCAAUGCCUGUGGACUUUAUUACAAAUUACAUAAUGUGAAUAGACCAAUGAGUAUGAAGAAAGAUGGCAUACAGACGAGGAAAAGGAAACCAAAGAAUCACGCGAAUAUGAAUUCAGGCCUAAGUGGACCGAGUGGUGUUCAGAAGACCGAGAUUAAGUCCAGCUUACUCGGUGGAUAUUUUUUUCAAAAAUUUCCAGUGGACUCGAAGUUGCAGUUGAAUUUAUUUGCAAAUGGGGGUAAGGGUGGAGGGGAUUUGGAUCAUUAUCCAUCUGUGAGUACACUGACGACUUCACAUUUAGGAAAUGCUCAUUCACCCCUUGCACUUCCUUCCGCCGCUGUCUUAAAUCGUCAAACAACCCUCACCGUUCCACCUCUAGAGCCAAUGUCUAGAACAAGUACCGACCUCACUUCGGUGAUCACCUCAACAACUGCAGCUCUGCAUACCGACAGGCCAUAAAAAAAUAAGAGGCAGCUAGAAUUCUAUUUUAUCAAUUAAAUUCUUCUUUAUCCGAUUUCAAAACGUCUCUCGCGAUUUCUUCUCUAAUAUUUAAAAUAUAGAUCUCUUCGAUUUAUUGAAUAAUUUAAUUAUUGAUCAAUUAAAUUAU